AUGCAGAUGAAGCCCCCAGUACUGCCCACUGGUGCAAUCCAGCUCACGCCCAUGCAGCAGUUAACAGAGGCUGUGGUGAAAGACGACGAUUGGACUGGCCUCACGGACGCCGCAGCUCGGAAACGGCGCCAGAAUCGUCUGAACAUGAGAGCGUACAGACGACGGAAAGCCCGGGAGCUCCUGCUUGAAGGCAAGCAACAUGAUGGUAAUGAUACAUCGUGCAUUGCGUCGACAGGACAAGGCAUGCCUUACUGGUCCGAGAGUCAGCAGACUGUCUUCUUUGCUCCAUCUUCAACACUCGAGGUCAUGAGACAACCACUUAUACCACAUGAGCACAAUGACCUCUUGUCGAAACGAUCUUCUGUAAAACCCAUAUACUUUCCACUUUGCCCCGACCAUCUCAUCACCCUCCUUCAGUACAACGUUCUCAGAGCCUGCAUCACCAACCGCCAGCUCGUCUCACGCCUACUCCCCGAUCCCCGGAACGAAUGUUCCUCCACAGCGCUCCAUGUGCUCCCCUGGCCUCUUCCAGACGGCGACACCGUCCCCGAGACAUUGCGGCCCACGAUUCUCCAACAGACGAUCUCGCAUGAGGGAUGGGUCGACAUCAUCCCGCAUCCCGUGUGGCGCGACAACCUGCUGCUCGCGAUCGGGCAGUUCGAUGAGGACGAGCUGUGGGCCGACACAAUUGGUGGUCUAUUUGAUGGAUUCCCUCAUUCCGAAGUGGAGCGUCGCGGAGUGAUUGCCUGGUGGCCGCCCUGGGAUGUCAGCGGGUGGGAGCUAUCGGAAGGAUUUUGGAGCAAAUGGCAAUGGGUGUUCAGAGGCUGUGAUGAUGUACUUUUGGUAACGAACAGGUGGAGAGAGAAAAGAGGGGAGGACCCUCUUGGCUUUGGCAUGCAGUAG